CCUUCCUCGGUAUUCACCCAGUCACAGCAGGUGUGAAGUUGUCACCGUAAGCAAUCCCUCACCACUCUUUUCCCAACCGGGGUCGGCAUCCUUCCGGUGCUUCCAUGCUGUCGUUGGGAUUGGUUACUCCAACCUCAGCCAAUUGACCAAUUGACCCGAACCGAGCUCACAUCAUAAGACGGGAUCUCUCACUUUGGCAGGUACUCUGCAGAGGGGGGUUACCAUACAGACACCUUGGAUUGCAUAUAAAGACCGGUUAUCUCCAGCGGGGAAAAGAAAGAGAGAAGAUGAUGAUCUUCCGGAGAGGUUUGGCUACGGCCACAAACGCAACCACAAUGGCGUCGCUCAAGAAGGCUGGCAAAGUCGUGUGCAUUGGCCGCAACUAUGCGGACCACAUUGCUGAACUCAACAACACCCGCCCCAAGCAACCCUUCUUUUUUCUGAAGCCUUCUUCCUCCAUCUUGGCCCCCGGGGAGGGUCCGGUCGUCCGCCCCAAGGGUGUUGACCUUCACUACGAAGUCGAGCUCGCCCUUGUCCUCGGCAAGCGCAUCAGAGACUUUGAUGAGAAUGACAACAAGGCCGCUCUCGACGCCAUUGACAGCUACGCCCUCAGCAUCGACAUGACCGCCCGCAACGUCCAAAACGAAGCCAAGAAGAAGGGCCUCCCCUGGGACAUCUGCAAGGGCUUCGACACCUUCCUCCCCGUCAGCAACGUCAUCAACAAGUCGGCCAUUCCCGACCCCCAUAACAUCGAGCUCUACCUCACCGUCAACGACAAGGUCCAGCAGCAGGACUCGACCGAGCUGAUGCUCUUCCGCAUCCCCAAGAUCCUCGGCGACAUCUCCAAGGUCAUGACCCUCAACCCAGGCGACAUCAUCCUCACUGGCACCCCCAAGGGCGUCGGCCCGGUCGUUCCCGGCGACGUCAUGAAGGCUGGUAUCAGAAUCAAUGGCAAGGAGCUCGAGGAGGCCAAGAUUGAGGUUCAGGUGGAGGAGUCAACUGGUGCUUACCAGUACGGCGAGACGUAAAAUGUUUUUUUUUCCAUGUAUCCAAAACAGAUGAUUUUUUGCAUAUACACCGCUAGAAACCUCCAAGUAGAAAAGUAAAUAUACACCAAAAAAUCAAGCCUCCUCCA